GGAGAAAUUGACCUGUGGUUGAUCCAUUACCAUCAUAUGGACGAGGAAGAAGAUUUGCCUGGUAAAAGAAAUAGGAGUCUUCUAUAUGGUCAGAUUCUCACAGAUGUAGUCAUCACAGGCGAGAACGGGACAAUUGAUGGUCAAGGAAGUAUAUGGUGGGAUUGGUUUAAAACUGGAGAGCUAAACUAUACAAGACCUCAUCUCGUUGAGCUCAUGAACUCUACUGGUCUUAUCAUUCACCUUCUUGAGUUCACAUUUUUGGAACAUUCAUCCUGUUUAUUGCAUGUCUCAGAGAUGUUGUUGUAAAGAAUCUCACAAUCUUGGCUUCUCUUGACUCUCCAAGCACAGAUGGAGUUGAUCCAGGUGAGUUCCUGAUGAAGCUUAGAAUAACAACUUUUACUAUUUUAUUUUUUUUUGGCGGCAACGUCUCCCUUAACUUUUAUUAUUUUAAUUAGGAUUAGAUUUACAUAGUUUUUUGUAGGUUGUUAUAUACCACAAUUACUAUUGUGAACCCAACCGCAGCUCACGUGUGAAGAGUCUAUCAUCAACUGAUUUUUUGGGUAUUUCCAUGUCCUAGAGUAUAGAGGUUGAAGAACUUGUGGACGAGCGUUCUGUGGAUGACCUUUUAUCAUGUAUUGAGCCUACUUUGAUGGUCUUUUAAUAAGACAUGUUUCUGGUUGCUGAGUGCCUAGUAUGAGAUUUCCACUACCUUGUGCUGUAAUCUCUUGGGUACACACACCUUUUUCAUCUUUGAUUCAUAUACAUAUUCAGUGCUGUAAUCUCUUGCGUACACACACCUUUUUCAUCUUUGAUUCAUAUACAUAUUCAAAGUGGUGUUUUUGAAAAUUCCCCUUUUUCUUUAGUCAUCACAAACCUCUCACGAGAUGAGGAGAGAAAAUAACUCAA